CCAACCAUCAUCUCUCUCUUCUAAUUCUCAAUCGUAAAUUAGGGUUUUGAAUUUUCAAAUUCCCAAAUCCCCAAAUCGUUUUCAUUUUCAAUUGUUUUCACGAUGUCGCUCAGACCUAAUGCUAGAACCGAGGUUCGUCGCAACCGUUAUAAGGUUGCCGUUGAUGCCGACGAAGGUCGCCGGAGAAGAGAAGAUAACAUGGUUGAGAUCCGUAAAAACAAGCGUGAAGAGAGUCUUCAGAAGAAAAGACGUGAAGGUCUUCAAAAUCAACAGUUUUCUACUCCUCUUCAAUCUGCUUCCAUUGUUGAGAAAAAGUUGGAGAGUCUUCCUGCUAUGGUUGCUGGGGUUUGGUCGGAUGAUAAUACCCAACAACUGGAAGCAACUACGCAAUUUCGGAAGCUGCUUUCCAUUGAACGUAGCCCUCCGAUCGAGGAAGUUAUUCAAUCUGGUGUUGUUCCUCGUUUUGUUGAGUUUCUAGUUAGGGAGGAUUUUCCUCAACUUCAGUUUGAGGCUGCUUGGGCUCUCACAAACAUAGCAUCUGGAACUUCUGAUAACACUAAGGUGGUAAUUGAUCAUGGGGCAGUGCCAAUCUUUGUCAAGCUACUAAGUUCUCCUAGUGACGAUGUUCGUGAGCAGGCUGUGUGGGCAUUGGGAAAUGUUGCUGGUGACUCCCCUAGGUGCCGUGAUCUUGUUCUCAGUCAUGGUGCCCUGAUCCCGCUGUUAUCCCAGUUGAAUGAGCAGGCAAAGCUUUCAAUGCUGAGAAAUGCUACUUGGACCCUGUCAAACUUUUGCAGGGGCAAGCCACAACCUCCAUUUGACCAGGUGAGGCCAGCGCUUCCUGCUCUUGAGCGUUUGGUUUUUUCCAAUGAUGAAGAAGUCUUGACAGACGCAUGCUGGGCGCUCUCAUAUCUUUCUGAUGGAACAAAUGACAAAAUUCAAGCGGUGAUUGAUGCCGGUGUAUGUGGAAGACUGAUUCAUCUCCUUCUGCACCCAUCUCCUUCAGUGCUUAUCCCGGCACUUCGCACGGUGGGAAAUAUUGUAACUGGAGAUGAUAAUCAGACUCAGGCCAUUAUCAACCAUGGGUCACUCCCAUGCCUUUUGAGCCUGUUGACCCAUAAUCAUAAGAAAAGCAUUAAGAAGGAAGCUUGCUGGACUAUAUCAAACAUUACAGCUGGAAACAGAGAGCAGAUACAGGCUGUUAUUGAAGCUGGUUUGAUUGGUCCCAUCGUCAAUCUUCUUCAAAAUGCCGAGUUUGACAUUAAAAAAGAAGCUGCUUGGGCACUCUCUAAUGCUACAUCUGGUGGUACCCACGAGCAAAUCAAGUACUUGGUGAGCCAGGGUUGCAUUAAGCCUCUAUGUGAUUUGCUUAUUUGCCCUGAUCCAAGAAUUGUUACUGUCUGUUUAGAAGGUCUUGAGAAUAUACUGAAGGUUGGAGAAGUGGAGAAAAGUCUUGGUAACACAGGAGAUGUCAACUUAUAUGCUCAGAUGAUAGAUGAUGCUGAGGGAUUGGAAAAGAUUGAAAACUUGCAGAGUCAUGACAACAAUGAGAUUUAUGAGAAGGCUGUUAAAAUUCUCGAGACAUAUUGGUUGGAGGAUGAAGACGAGACACUACCAUCAGGCGAUGGUUCUCAACCUGGUUUUAAUUUUGGAAGCAAUGACCUUUCGGUCCCAUCUGGUGGAUUCAACUUCAGUUGAAGACUUCUCUUCAGAACUUGGUUGGAUGGAGCAGGGUUGAUUUAGGGUGACAGUUGGGGUUGAGUCCGGGUGGGUUGGGGUGGGGUUGGGGUGAGGGGUCGAUCCAUGUACUUCAUGGUGUCUGGUGUCAGUCCGGUCCGGUCUAGUGUCUAAUGAAGUGCUGGGGUGGGUCAGUCUAAACUGCCAUGUCCAAAUAAGAAUGGGGGUGGUGGGUUCAGUUAGCAGCAUAAUGUGGCCAUCAUAUCUUCUACAAGAAAUAUAUUUACAGAAGAAAAAGUAUGUUGCAGCAGCAAGGACCCGUUUUGUGUGUGACCAUGGGGGGAGGGUUUUCUUUGAAGCGGCUUUCGAGUCCUAUUUUUUAUUGAGUCCUAGUUUGUAUUGGUAAUUAAUUUACCGAGUCAGUAUUUUAAUUGAGUGAAUACAGUUCAGAAACAAAUUUUAUGGUGUAUUCUAAGUAAAAUAUUCACGUUAUUUUUUGUGCUUGCAUUUGCAUACAUUUGUAGCAAUAAUCACUUUAUUUUCAUGUAUAAAAUGAGGAUGUGAAUAGGUUCAUAUUA